GGGGUGGGGGAAGGCGACAAGGAUACGGCCAGUUUGGCUAGGUAAACAGCCUACCCGUGACCACCAAUCCACCAGGGAUGUCGGGCUGCAGAGCGGAGGUGUAGCGGAUAUUCAGAGUACCCACUAGUAAAAGUGGAGUACGAAUACAUGUAGAACAGUGGAAUCGAUAAUUAUUCUGUGCACUGGAGGGUAAAGGGGGAGUCCCGGCACCUGAAAGAGGGAGACGAGGAGGAAGCAAGAAAUCCCCUUGCAUACCUAAGGAAAGAAAUACGCGACAACUGUCACCUGGGCACUUAGCGUACAGAAGGUGGCGGAGUAGAUCGUCUGAUUCCAUCUGGGGCGUCCACCUCUGUUCUCGGAGGUACCUUUAAUGCAUAUGAAAAGGAAAUCGGCUCCAAGAAGCAGACACAUUUAUCCAAAGUGACUUAACAAAUCGCAGUGCAUGAAGACAAAUACAAGGGCAGCAAUACAGAUGCUAAGUAAGCCCCCUCCACCCCUUCCCCAAUGCCAUGGAGAAAUAUGAGAAACUUGGCAAAAUUGGGGAGGGGUCAUAUGGUGUUGUCUUCAAGUGCCGCAACCGAGACACAGGGCAGAUAGUAGCUAUCAAGAAGUUUGUGGAGUCAGAAGAUGACCCUGUUAUCAAGAAGAUUGCCCUGCGAGAGAUCCGCAUGCUCAAGCAAUUGAAACAUGUCAACCUGGUGAACUUGCUGGAGGUGUUCCGCCGGAAGAGAAAGCUGCACCUUGUCUUUGAAUACUGUGAGCAGACGGUCCUGCAUGAGCUGGACCGGCAUCCCCGUGGGGUUCCAGAAGGUCUUCUUAAGAGCAUUGUGUGGCAGACUUUGCAGGCUGUCAACUUUUGCCAUAAACACAAUUGUAUCCAUAGAGAUGUUAAACCUGAGAAUAUUCUCAUCACCAAGAAUGGAGUCAUCAAGCUUUGUGACUUUGGCUUUGCCCGCAUUCUUACUGGUCCAAGUGAUGACUAUACAGACUAUGUGGCAACCCGCUGGUACCGUGCCCCCGAGCUGCUUGUAGGGGACACCCAAUAUGGUCCUCCUGUAGAUGUCUGGGCCAUUGGUUGUGUUUUCGCUGAACUUCUCUCGGGAAAUCCUCUAUGGCCUGGCCGGUCAGAUGUGGACCAGUUGUACCUCAUCCGUAGAACCCUCGGUGACCUGAUCCCACGGCAUCAGCAGGUGUUCCGAUCCAAUAUGUUCUUCAGUGGAGUGAAUAUCCCUGAUCCGGACACAACGGAGCCCCUAGAGAAACGUUUCCAUAAUGCCUCCCCACAGGCUCUUUGUGUGAUGAAGGCCUGCUUAGUAAUGGAUCCAGCUGGCCGCAUGUCUUGUGAGGCGUUGCUGGACCUGCCCUACUUUGAAAGCCAGCGAAUUGAUGAAGCAGAUAAUGGAGCUCGGGAUACUGACCGCAUUAAAGGCAAACAUGAAAAGGCCAUACGGCGGAGGGCUCUGAUGCAGCACCUGCCCCAGCUGGCAGGCAGCAAUGUGUCUCCACUUCCAGAUUUGAAGAAGCAGGUCAAAAACAAGUUUGACCAUCACCUCCCUAACAUUUAAUGGUUGUGGUCACAAGCCUUCACUCUCUGCGUACGGAACAGCUGGAAGAAUCCAAGCUCCUGGCAGUGCUGAAGUGGACCGAAAUAUAACAUAGGGUGGACCUCGUUCCCUUAAUGGCUUAUGAUAUAAAAAGGGACAACUGCAAAUACAAUGGACUUGCAAACCAAUACACUUCAAAUCACACAAUCUGACCAAAAGCCCACAAAGUCCUCAUUCCCACUGACCUCUCAUUAAGUUAGCUGACCCCUGUCCCCGUUUAUAAAGUACACUUGGCAGACUGAAGUGAACGGGGAGAAAAACGAGGAGAAAAAAAAGGUUAUACAGUAUCUCCCAUUUUGAAAAUCUGUGUACCUGCUGUAAAGAAUAUUAUUCAGCAUCACUAACAUGAAGACGCCCCAUCCCACCCAACACACCAAUGCUUAUGUGAUCUGAAAUUGUGGUAGGUGCAUUUCAGCUUAGGAGUCCUUUCUUAUUUAAUCAUUUUUUUUUUUUUUUACAAAUAACAGUGUUUGAAAACCACUCCAUGUAAUGCCUGAACAGUCAUCCCCAUAAGAAAAGUAUAAGAAUUAGUGUUAAUCUGCCAUACUGGAUAAGUUUAAAGCAAAGGGCAGCAUACCAAUAGGAAAGGAUUUUAGCUGACAAGAUACUCUUCUGUAUCGCUCCACACCGUGUUCCAGCACCCUUAGGCGUGCUUAUGGCUGUGUCACUUCAUAAUCGUGACCUGCCUGCUCACCUGAUGUGACAUCAGCACAUCUGUAAUGUUGUCUUAACACUGAGGGGAGAUGCUUUCGUGAAGAUGAGUGUGUGUCCUUGGUGGCCCUCAAUGUCCAAUGUGUGUUACACUAGACAUUCUGGUUUUGGCAGCUGUCUUGUUAUUUAAAUAGUUUUUUUCUGUAAAUGGGAACAUUUCUGCUUAGCCGUUUAAACCUCUUUGUAAAAAUGUUCCACAGUUAACCAUGAAAGUAAAACAUUUAAAAGAAAAACAAG